AUGCACAUUAGAUAUGUAUUAGAAACAGUCAACCAAUUUCAGACUUCCUGCCAGUCAGGGCAGCGCCCGUACCAGGUGCUCACCGCUCGAGUUCACCCAGGAGAGAGCAAUGCCAGCUGGGUGAUGAAGGGGACCUUGGAGUUCCUGGUCAGCAGUGACCCUGUGGCUAGGCUCUUGAGGGAAAACUUCAUUUUCAAGAUCAUCCCCAUGCUCAAUCCAGAUGGUGUCAUCAAUGGCAAUCACAGAUGCUCCCUGAGAGGGGAGGAUUUGAACAGACAAUGGCUGUCUCCCAGUGCUCAUCUCCAGCCCACGAUUUACCACGCCAAAGGGCUCCUCCACUACCUGGGCAGCAUCGGCCGGAGGCCCGUGGUCUUCUGUGAUUUCCAUGGUCACUCCCAAAAGAAGAAUGUGUUCCUGUAUGGUUGCAGCAUCAAGGAGACCUUGUGGCAAGCAGAGUCCACUGUGGGCACAUCGAAUCUCUCGGAAGAUGUCAGCUACAGGACUCUUCCCAAAAUCCUUGAUAAGCUGGCGCCGGCAUUCACGAUGAGCAGCUGCAGCUUCCUGGUGGAGAAGUCUCGAGCCUCCACAGCCCGGGUGGUGGUGUGGAGAGAGAUGGGCGUGUCCAGAAGCUACACGAUGGAGAGCAGCUACUGUGGCUGCAACCAGGGCCCCUACCAGGGUCUACAGUUUGGUACCAGUGAACUGGAGGAGAUGGGAGCCAUGUUCUGCUUGGGCCUCCUCAUCUUGGAACUCAAAUCCGUAAGCUGCAGCCAUCAGUUCCUGAGCCACGCAGCAUCUCUACUGAACGCUGAGGAAGAGGCUCUGGACCAUCACCUCCAGAGGUCCAGCAGCCAGAGCAGCAGCAUCACUUCAGACCUGGAUGACGAACCUCCCUGCCUGGAGGAGAUCGAUUAUGGUACCGACAGCAGCUUGGACCAGGAAGGGGGCUUCUCUGAGCUGGACCGGCAGAUCCAGGAGUGCGCUUUCCACAAGGACGAGGGAGAGGAAGAAGAGGAGGGGCCGGGACAGGGAAGAAAAGCCAGCCCCUAACCCUGAGGUUCAGAGAAAGUCCUGUGCCUCUAACCACUGGAUUAGCUGUUACGUUGUUUCUUUACCAUCAGACACACACACACACACACACACACACCACACACACACACACACACACACUCUGUCAGUGCAAAAUACCAGCCCAGGUGAGGUCAGCAACCUGACACCCAGAUUCUGCUCUUGUUUCACUGUGCAUGGAGGGUGGCUACUUACUAAUUAUACCACUUUACAUAUAUAGUUGGGUGGCUUAGGGACCUAUGCCAGCUGUCACUGUGCUGGAAGGCGAGACUUUGGGGACUAUUAGGGAUCCUCUGAAGUCUGUUCUGAGCUCUUCUCCAUUCCUGUGCUUGAAACAGGGGCGGACUUGGAAGUAGUAAGGGUUGGACCUUCUUCGUGUCUUCUCAGCCAGAAUUCUGAGUGGUUGUCUAAGUUGUUCUAUAGAUGAAUGUUCUAACCUCCUGUUGCCUCUGAGCAUCUCAGCCCUAACGCUGAGCCCCGGUAAGACGCUGAGGCUCCUGGCAGGCUCUUCCGUUGCUGGGUGGUUGAACGUGAAAGGCUGUACCACCGAGCCAUCAUCCCUGGUCUGCUUUAACAGUGUCUAUUUUGCAAAUCCAGGAUAGGACAGGAGCUGCCCUAGAUUCUAAGGGAAGGGGUACAGUAGGGAAUAAGUCAUGGCUACUGGUCUUUACAAAUUUUAAAAUCCUAUGAAAUUCACACCACUAACCACAAUCCUAGGAAGUAGCAAGGCAUAGCAGAAAAUUAAUUCAUUUCAGACUCAGAUAGACGUGGUUCCUAUCCUAGAUCUGUCAGUUACUUGUUAUAAGAACUUAGGCAAGUAAUUAAAUCUCCCUAAACCAAAGUUUAAUGGAGAUGAGCAUAUCCGUAUCACAACGUCAUUGUGAAGAUGAGAUGAGAUAAUAUAUAAAAGUACACAGUCUGGCACAUGGUAGACACUCGAUAAUAUUGACUUAUUUUUCCUCUGUCACACAGGCAGAGCAUUCUAUGGAAGUAUUCUCACAGUUAAAAAAUAGAAAAAAACAUUCUGUAGAGUCACGUGGUUGGGGAAAUACUCUCCCUCCUGGUGGGGAAUCAGGGAAGGAAGUUACAUAGGAGCAGAAACUAGGAGGUUGGCAUAGCUUAGAACAAGUGAAAAAACGGAAGAUCUUCAACAUAUGGAUGGAAACAGUUUAAACAUUUGAGUGAUGGGAUGUACAAGGCCCAUGCAGAAAGGAGAAGAGGAGACUAGAAUGGAAGAUAAAAUGGAGAAGGUAUGUUAGAUCAAAUUUAUGUUUGUCUAGAUGCCAUGUGUAUUUAGGAUGGAUUACGUUUGGCUAUGAGAGAUGGCAAAUCCAAGACAGCAGUAGCUUUUUGUAAGAUAGAGGUCUGUUUAUCGUUCAUGUAGAAUUCCAGAUAUACACAGUGCAGAGCUGGUAUCAUGAGUGCAUGGUGUUGGGCAUGCAGCUUCAGCAGUUUUCUUUUUUUUUUAAAGCUGAUUUAAAAAUUCAGAUGAAACAUCAUAGUCUUUGUUAGCCUCCUAAGACAAUUUUGCAAUAGGAUUUUCUCAUAUCGAGAAAAGGGAAAUAAUUCAGAUUUUCUUUUGGCAUGGUUGAUGGGAUUUUUGGCUUGUAUAACUACUUUCAGCAGUUUUCUAGCACCACUGUGCAUUCCUUCUCCUCUUGGCCUAAGAUAGCUGCUGAAACAUCAGGCUUUGCCUCUACAUCCCAGGCAGCAGUAAGAAGGACAGAAAAAGAAGAACAUGUUCUCUUUAUUUCCAAAACUACACAUAAUGCUUCUGGUUAAUCCCACCACCCAGAAAGUGGUCCUAUGACCACAGGUAGCUGCCAGGGAGCUUAGAAAAUGUCAUGUUAAUUUGAGGUAGGCAGGGCUAAAAUUUUGAAAUUUUAAUAAUAAGAGUAAGGAAACUAUACAAACUGGGGAUCAAAUACAUGCCCAAGAGACUUCCUGAUGUACCUACCACCACCAAGAGAUUUUGGAAACAGAAUAACUUCUGAGAAAAUUCACAGUCCACAUGCCUAGACAAGCAGAACAAAAUUUUACCAUAAUUUAGCUCCAAGGCAUAGAAGAAAGUUAUGUGUGCUGUGAUUUGGGAAGUUGGUAUUAUUAUUAUUGUUAUUGUUAUUGUUAUUAUGAAUAGUCCCUUGUUUUUCUAAUUGCUUGUCAAUUUUCUUUACUAUCGUUCAGAAAUCACAAUCCAUUCUUUGUAUUAAGGCAUUCAGAUUUCCAUACAUACAUACAUGAGAGGUUUGAGGGAAAUAACAGAGACACUAAAUUCGAAUCCAAGCUGAAAGCAUCUCAGCUUCUCCAAUAUGCAAUGUUUCCACUCUUAAAUGAAAGCUAGAAUAAUGCUUCUGGUUUUUUGUUUUGUUUUGUUUUGUUUUUAUUGCUUUGAGGGUCGAGAAGAUAACAUUGUUGAAAAUGUAAAUAGUAGGGAGGAACAGAAAUAAUACUAACUCAUCAUCACCAUUUAGCUCCUUAGCUGAAAAUUGUUUGUCUAGCAUGUUUCUGAGAAAUUGAUGAGGAAAGGUAAAUUUGUAUGUGAUAUGUUCAGGAAAAGCCAGGAACAUGAACAAUUUACUGAUUCAUCUAUGUAACAAAGAUCUAUUAAGUACCUGCUCUGUGUCAUGCUCUUUACUAAGUUCUAAAGAUGCAGAGAAAAAAGACACUCUGUGUCCUCAAGUUGCUUGAAGCUCAGCAGGAGAGAUGGACAACUAACAUUUUACUUUAAUACAGCAGCACAUGGCAUGAAGGGGCUGUGCCGAGGAUGGGUCAGAAGCACCACAUCUAAUGGAGGCAGCGGAGAGGGGGAGAUGUCUACCCAAAGAAGAUGAUGUUUAAGUGAUUCCUGAUUAAAAGAAGAGGAAAGGCAUGCUAAGAAGUGGGAAGAGCUUGUGCAAAGGCCCUGUGGUGGGGUUAGAAUUUGGAAUAAACUGUUUAGUGUGACGAUUUUAGAUGUGCUUGUAUAUGGGGAAAGGAGGAGAGAUAAAAUUGAAAAGAUAGACAUCAGUCAGAUCAAGCAACAUUUGUCAUGCCUUGAUGGAAAGGUUGAACUUUAUUUGGAAUGUGCUGGGGUGGAGACAAAGAAUUUUCAACAGACGCGUGGCCAGGAGUGAUGUCAGCAUAGAUACAUUGGUCCUACUCCAUCACUUGUUUAUGGCUGAUUGCUGGGCACCCUUGCUACGCUGGUUGUGCAGUGGUCUGAGAAGUACACUAGGCAUGUCAUUCUCAUAUUUGAAGAGCAGCAGGUUUCUGGUGAGGUGAAAAAUACUGAGAACAUUUUGGGGCCAUGUUGAAUACUGGAGUCUAUGAGAUGUCCAGUUGGAAAGGACUCCUAGAAGCCAGAAGUACAUCAGGAAAAGCAGUAGAAGAUGAGCUACACCCAGUGAGCUUGGGGACCUGGGAGGAAGUCCUGGGCAACUGAGCCCAGGUGCCAGUCAGCUGGGAGGGAUUUUGCUUGGAGGGAACAGGAGAGCUGGGGAGAGACCAGACUCCCCACCCUUCCUGCUAGGACAGAUGGCCAUUGUGUGUCACACCUCACUCAUCUUCAGUCUGGGGGUGGGGAAGGCGCAUUCUCAAGUCCACUGUAGAUAGUCAUGGGAGUGGCUCUUCUAGCCGGGCCAGACGUGUCUCGCCAGCCAAACCACUAUGGUAAAUUGUUGUUAAAAAACGUUCUACAGAACUUGGAGCCAAAUGAGAUUACUCAAGAAUCUCAGGGAGUUGGAAGCGCUAAUGGGAAGCAGAUGUGCUUCAAAAUGUGCACAGGAAAUGCAUCUAGAAAAGUGAUGUGAGGUCCAGGCCACAGGCACUGCUGUCCUGUGACAGGUGCUGUCUGAGGCUCUGCGUGGCAGGGCUAGAACGGGGGUCUUUUCCAUCCCCCGGAUAGUCCCAUCUUGGGUAGAGAAGCACGAAGCAUCUUGUGAUCCCCUACUGAUUGCGCUUCCAUGAUCCACCCUACGUGGAAUCUGCUGUCUCUUCACGACACUUCCCUGUGACGAGAGCUUUUCUGACUCCUUUAUAGACUUAAGUUCUGCCAUCCCCUCGUCUCUUCAGUUUGCCUGGGACGCAGCCUCAUUUGAUCUCAUCGUAUUUAUGCACGUACAUGAACACACACAAACAUACACACACCCACACACCACUUUUUGAGCCACAAGCUACCUAAAUGCCCUCUUUGAUAUUCUUAAACCUUUUCACAUUUUCCCUCUGUCGCUGAUAAGCAUCUCUCGUGACCUCACUUGAGGGCCACAAGACCCAGUCCGAAAACAACUUUUUCUUUUGUGAAACCUUUCCUAAUCUCCCCAAGUCAAGUCACAUCAUUUCUUUUCUGUUCCCCUAUCGCACUGUUUAUGCAUUCCUUUUACAGCAUGCUUGCCAUUUGUGGCUUCAUUUAUGUGUUUUUUACAGCCCCAUGCCCACUGCCCAGUGGAUAGAGAACUGCAAGAUGUACAGACCUGCUCUCCCCUUUCUAUUUCUCCCAGCACCUGGCAUCCUUCUUGACACACUAAAGUUUCUCAAAAAUAUAUCUUCCCCUGGCCCAGCCUCAAACCUGGACAUCCGUCUCAAUAAAAUUUCACAUAGUUCCCCUAAAUUCCUCCAUUUUCCAUCUCAGAUCAGAGUCGGUGUCAUAGAAAGGGAAACUGGUUUCACUAACAUGGCAUCUAGCACUAAGACAGCCCAGCCUCACAGGCUGGUCGUUGCCAUGGAAAACAGUUCCCCGUGUGAGGCGAGCUUCGCAAGGAGCAGGGUGGCCUGGCCCUUACCUAGAGCGUGAAAAUGUUUAGACAGAGCAGUGAGAACAGAGGAGCAGAAUCUCCAGGAGUCCCCAGCUGCAGCAUUCAUCAAGGUGCUCUGGAACACAGGUUCACUUUGUGGAGAACUGGCAUGUGGCUCCAAGUGCACUGUGCCAACUUGGCUGCCGGGCACAUCUUUCAGUCCCAUUCGUUGGCUCCACUUUCUUCUGGGGUUUCCAGUAAAAGGAUUCUGAGCCACAAAGAACAUUUGAACAUAACCUGAUCCUUGAGUUACAAGCUCACGUUGAGUGUUGCCAAAUAAGUAAGGUCACAUUACACCCCCAAGGGAGGUAGUUCUCUCCCAAAUCUUCCAUUGUUCAGCCUGAACCCCUGAGCUGUCGGGUCAGCUUCAUAUUCCAAAGGGAGCCUCUGACCUCUGCCAAGCAAAGGGGCUUCCAUGAAAUGCCUAACAUGAGUCAUCCUUGUUAGGACUCAGGACAGAAGCCUGCCUGGUAGAUCUGGACAAAUGCAUAGUCAUCAGAGUGAUGGAUUCAUUUGGCCCUGUUGGUCCAAACCGCCCCUGCCCCCUAAAGGCUCUAGUCUUGGAAAGACACAACGACAGUGUAUGUGGCCUGGGUACUAACCAUGCAAGCUUUUUUGGACAAAAAAAAAUUUCAUAAGGCCUGGAGUCUGCUGCUGUCUUCCCAGCAGAUGUCCUCUUGUGUUUGUGUUGUAGUUUGGCUUCAUGCGUGCUGCAUGCCCGGCUGAUUCUUGAUAAAAAGUGCUGUUUAGGGAAAAAGGAACUGCUAAACGGAAAAUUUUAGAUAAAAUGGGUUCUCUUACAGCCUUUCCAUGCCUAAUCAUAAAAAAGAUCCAGUUGUGUACAACUUAAAAUUACCUACGACACACAUUCCAAUACAAUAGAGUGGAAACUGAGCUUCAGUCCCUAACACAUCAGGCACACACACAUGCACAUGCACGUGCGCACACACACACACACAAAAUAUAGGUCCAGGGCUUGCAGAAAAUAAAAAAAGCAAGUGAAGAAAGGUUUCUCAUCAGGCACAUGUGUCUAAAGGCCGGGGGUAGUUAUGUGAUGAUUUUAUGCCAUGUUUUCCCACAAAACUUGAAGUGCAGGCCCUUUGCGUAGAAACUGAGAUCCUCUCUCAUCAGCUGAUGACAGAGACUGGCCUUCCAGCAUGUGGCUAUUUUGAGCCCGUUCAGGGCAUGAAGAAAAAUAGAUCCAGUUCUCUUUGGAAGAGGAUGCGCAUUUGUGAGAAAAUCACCGCUUUAAUCACAUUCCCGCCUUUCUUAUGACAAGUAGCCCCACAGAGCAGAGCGAUGGGCUGUUAGGAUGACAGGCACAAACUGGUCAUUCUGAUCAGGCGCUUUUCGUGAUCUUUCUGUCAUCGUUUGUAGGGCGGAACAGGGUGAAACCGAUUUCUUAGUACUGGGAGUAUAUUAUGACCUUCCUUCUGACAAAAUAAUAAUAAUAAUUAAGUACAAUUCUUUGACACAGUUCAGUUGAGGUGCCUGAGAGUGACCCGGGUCGUUGGAGGUCCGGGGAAGAAGGGACACUGGGGUCACUUCCGUACUGGCUGUGCAGCAGAGUGAGCAAGCCAAGAGGCUGGCAGUCCUGACCUCCAGGACACGGAGGCCAAAUGGAUGGAUGUUCUUGGACCGAACAGUGUCACCCAGGCCCCACCCACAUUUCAUUCUGAAGAUGAAGCUAUUUGCGGAGGUGGGGAGGGAGGAGACAGCUCAGGGGGUAGAGCGCGUGCUUAGCAUGCACAAGGUCCUGGGAUCAACCCCCCAUACCUCCAUCAAACAAAUAAAACCUAAUUACCUCUGCCUUCCAAAACAAACACACAAACAAAACCCAAAAAGUAGCACUGAAGAAGUCAUUUUAGAAGGUACCGUGGGAGGAAAAACCUGCCUGAGUUUCUACUCUGCUCACAGUCACUCAUUUAAACUUAAGACCACUCUGUGUGGGAGAUGGGCAUUCUUAGUGCUAUUUUCAAAAAAAAAAA